ACGCCGCCGUCGGACCCUUCAACCACGGCGUGCCCGCCCCAUCCCACGGACUCCCUAGAGGAGGACGACGAUUAUUACACUGCACCUCCACCGCACUCCCCAGCAUCGGCGUCAAGUUCCUCACCCGCAUACCCUCCGCCAUUUUCAUCUCUUAUCUUUUCGUCACUACCAGACACCAAUCGCCCAUAUAAAGUUACUGAACCUGGACCCGCUUGUCCUCCAGCCUUAGCGCCUCCAGCACCUGUCGAGGAGUCGCUCGAGCCGGCCCCAUCUUCGGCAGUUGUUGCUGACACAAAAGCGUCUUUCACUGAACCAAAAAACGAGGGCUCUUCCGACGACGGUGAACCACCACCGCCAUACACAGAAGGCUAUAGUCCACUUGAGUCAUUCACCUACGUGAUGGCUGCUGCAGGAGGUGCCUCCAGCAUCAUAACCCAGGUCCAGCAGACCGGGGGUCCGCCAAUUAAUACUCUUGGUGAUAUCGGCGGAGAUGAACACGUCGGUCUUGACCUUCGUGGUACGCGGUUUACCCUUUCGCGAGAUGAGCUGUUGACUUUACCUGAAUUCGUUCUGCUCUCCCUUUUCCCCAAUGGCCUCCUCCCAGAUGGACAUUCCUCAAAUGGGUUCCAUGACGGGGAUGUAUUCCCAGUUGACUAUGACCCGGUCUCACUUCAGUACAUGCUGGAUUUCUUCCGAACUGUUGCCCAAACCAUUCCCUCCUCUCUGCCUUCGGGCUCAAACUCACCAGACAUGGAAUUGUCGGACCCAAUGCAGGGCUCAGCUCGUGACAUGUUGCAGGACCGUGCUGGCAUCAUUGUCCUCCGGGAGGAUCUUGACUUCUAUGUGAUCCCCCCUCGCGCCGACAUUGGACACGAUGAAAUGCUCGAUGUCAAACGGGCAGCCGGUAGGUCGCUGUUGCGACAGGACGGCAUCUUUUCUGGACUGCGCAAGAGCGAGGAGAUUGGGUCAACCGAGCAACAUCUUAUUGAAAUGCUGACGGCCGGAGGAUUUGAUCGUGCUGACCAGUGGGGUCACCGCGCCCCGGAGCCUAACAAGGCGGUAAUCUGCAGUCUUGCACUGGCCAAACUUCGCACUGAUAUCCGCGGAGACCUGUCAAACAACAAUUCUGUGGGCAUGGCCCAAAAGCUUCUCCUGUUUUGGCGUAAGCCUGCCCGCCGCUGCUGGUGGGAGGGCAUCGAGCUGAACGACGUCGAGGGCGUUGAGGGGCCAGUAAAGGUCUGGAUCCGGCGUGUGUGGACUUUGGAGAUGAGUGUUAUUGGGCUCCGCUGA